AUGUUUUGUUGUUUUUAUUGUUGUUUUGGUUGUUGUUGUUUUGUUGUUUUUCAUUUUCAAAAACAUCCUCUUCCUGUUGUUGUUCUUGUUGUUUUAAUAUAUAUUUUUCUUUUGUUUUUACUUUUCUCUGAUGUUGUUGUGGUAGCCUUUUCUCAACAUUUAAAACAAUGUUGUUGUUGUUCUUGUUUUGAUGUUUUUCUAUGUUUGUUGUAUCAACAAAACUUUUUUUCUUUAUUCUGUUUAUAAUUGUUGCUUCUUUAUUAUUUAAUACGUGUGGUUGUUGGCUGUUUUGUUGUUGGUUGUUUUGUUGUUGGUUGUUUUGUUGGGUGUUUUGUUGGUUGUUUUG